GCGCGCCGCUUCCGGUGCGGGAGGAAGAUGUGGAGGGCGUGCAGGGCGCUGCGGCCCUGCGCCGUGGUCUUGGCGCGGUCCCCGGGGACCCGGGCCUGCGGCGGGGGCGGGGGCGUCCCCUACACGCAGGGCCAGACCCCAGAGCCCCAGACGCGAGAGUAUUUUUAUUAUGUGGAUCAUCAGGGCCAGCUUUUCCUGGAUGACUCCAAAAUGAAGAACUUCAUCACCUGCUUCAAAGACCCACAGUUCCUGGUCACCUUCUUCUCCCGCCUGAGACCCAACCACAGCGGUCGCUACGAGGCCUCUUUCCCCUUCCUCUCGCCCUGCGGCAGAGAGCGCAAUUUCCUGCGCUGCGAAGACCGGCCGGUGGUCUUCACGCACCUGCUGGCCUCGGGCUCCGGGCCCCCGCGUCUCUCCUAUUGCGGCGGCGGUGAGGCCCUGGCCGUGCCCUUCGAGCCGGCGCGUCUGCUGCCUCUGGCCGCCAACGGCCGCCUCUACCACCCCGCGCCAGCGCGAGCGGGCGGCGUGGGUCUGGUGCGCUCCGCCCUAGCCUUCGAGCUUAGCGCCUGCUUCGAGUACCCGCCCGGCGCGCCCGCGCUGCCCUCACACGUGCGCUGGCAAGGCCGCCGCCUCGCCCUCACCAUGGACCUGGCCCCGCUGCUGCUCACCGCCUCGCGGCCCUGAGCCGCAGGCAGGAAGGCUGGCGGCCGCUGGUGCCCCUGGCCCCGCCGAGGUCCCGCCCUCUCUCCCCUCACCGCUGUGGCCCGGGCCGCGCAUCGCUGCGCACGCGCCACCGAAAGAGCGCGCCGGCCGAAUGCGCGUGCGCGGCAGAGGUGCACCGCGGCCCCGUGGUGCUCGGCGCUGUCCGAGGUGCUGCCGCGGCUUCGAACGCGAGGAGGGGCGGGGUCGCGGGCCCUUCUACUUUCCCCCCCUCCCCCACCCCCAACACCUCGGGCCUGGGGCGUCCUUUGGUUCGGCCCUCGCCUACAGGGGCAGGCCCCGGCGGCGCGGCUGGAGGCGCAGGGGCUCCAGUACGCGUGCGCGAGCGGCGUCCGCCCCUCCCCCGCCCUGCACUGCUCGGUGGGCCUGGGCGCCUCGGGCUCAGCGGGGGAGCCGCGCCGCGGGAGCGUCAGGUGAGGGGGCGCCCGACCCGAGGUCAGUGGGCAUGGGGGUGGGAUCGGGGGCCUUCCCGGCUAUGUCCCCAGCGCGCAUCGAGAAGGGGAGGCGACCUGGCGGGGACCACGCCCUGCCCUGAACUGGCCCGGGACAGACCCAGCUGGAGGGGAUGCAGGUGACACCAUGGGGGAUCGAGGCACGCGACUUGGGCUUCGCACUGCUCCCGAGGGGGUCGCAGGGUUUCCUCGCCGCUCCAGUCUCCGCACAGAUGGGUGCCCUGGAGACGGUAACAGCCAUCGCAGAAUCCUGUGUGUGACGCCCCGCCCCCUGCCCAACCGGAUUAGAGGGCUGUCCGCUGGGUAAAAGGAUUUCUGGGCUGGCCUCCUCUGCUCUUCCCGCCUGGGCCCCCAUCCCUGCUCAGGCCGGCCCUUUUAUUCCAAUCAGCGUCUAGGGGGUGUCCCUGUGAACAGUGCCUUGAAUCCUGAGGAGGAAGCCAAGAAGCCCCUCUACUUAGGAGGACUGGCUGCUGGAGCCUGAUUGGGCAAGACCUGAACCAGCCCUUAUGCUCAGGGAAGUGGAUCCCAGGAGCCCAGAGUAUGCCUUUAGAUUCUUGGGCUUCACGCACAUCCUGAGACACCUGGGAACUGACUCUGCCUGGGCCAAAGCUAUUCCAUUAAAACUUUUGCUGUGCCUA